UACCUCACCAUCACCGACCCAACAACACUCUCCAUAACCAGUCCCAAGACCACAAUCAUGAACCAUCGCAAACCUCGAACUCUCCUUCUAACCCUCGACGCCUUCGGCACAAUAUUCCACCCCCGCCGCCCCGUCCCAAAACAGGCGCAGACACGCCCAAAUUACGGUCGGAAGGAUGUCCUGCGCGGCCGGUAUGGCGGGCCACGGCAGUGGUGGGAGGAGGUCAUCCGGGGGAGUUUCGCGCAGGCAUUGACAUCAAGGGAACGGGGCGGCAGUAGCGCAGUUGACGCGGGCGUUGACGUCGCCGUGCCAGAUGCGCUAGUGGCGCAUCUUCUGGAUCGCUUCGCGGGUAGCGAGGGGUAUGCGCUUUUCGACGACGUAGCACCCUUCCUUGCGGUGGUAAGGACGGUCAAGAGCCGGCGGCGGGGGCUUGGGCCGUUUGAGCGCGUGCUUGUGGGUGUGAUUUCGAAUUCGGAUGAUCGGGUUCCGGCGGUGUUGAGGGCAUUGGGGGCUGAUCAGGGGGUUGAGAGUAUGCGGUUACCUGGGUUUGAGGAGAGGGAUACGGCAGUUAGGUCUGGGUGCAAGGAUGCGUCUACGGCAGAUCAAGUGGACGAUGUCGAUCUGGUGAUUACCAGCUACGAGGCGGGAGAGGAGAAGCCGAGUCGGGUCAUCUUCGACGUGGCGAGGAGGCAGGCUCAGCGCUUGCUUGGGGACGAGGGCGAGUCGGGUGAAAACUUUGUUUGUGUCCAUGUCGGGGAUGACUUUGAUAAGGACUAUCAGGCUGCCUUGAAUGCUGGGUGGGAUGGGUACUAUCUUCCUCGGGGCCCCGCUCAUCACCCGCGAGGUACUAAGACUAUCCACUCGCUUAUGGAUUUGAUUCCAGAGCUGGAAGCAUACAGAUGAACACGCUGUCUAAUCGUGAGCGCAAUGAGGAUCUAUGCUAAAUGCCAUUAUACCAGCUCCUUAUGCUCAUGACCACAUGUACCACAUUAAUCAUACUGAAGAUAUGCACGCAACACCGAGAGAUACCAGACGGUACACAAAUACCACCUUGUCCGCCGUCGAAUCCGUAUCCA